AUGUCGUCCGCUGCUGCCAACGUAAACCGGAACUAUGGCCUCGACGCGUCAUCGACGAGCAUCAUCGUCACCAUCUCCGCUAUCCUCCUCGUCCUCGUCUCCGCCAUCUUCUGUUUCUCGUUCAUGCGAAACCGAGCCAUUUCCCGCCGUCGCCGGGCGAAUCUGGCGCUCGAAAAUGGCGGCGCCUCACGGGGGAGGCCGGGAACGCGGGGACUGGAAGAAUCGCGCGUUAAAUCCUUCCCCACAUUUAUGUUUUCCCCGGAAACGGCGGAGAGCGAUAAAUUCGUGGAGUAUGGCGGUUUAAAGUGGGGAGAGGAAGGAAGAGGGGAUUUGGAGGGCGGAAAGGCACUACCAAACUGGGGGGAAGGAGGGAGGCUCCGCGAGUGCGCGGUGUGCUUGGCGGAGUACGUUUCCGCGGACAUGCUGAAACUGCUCCCCCCGUGCGGGCACGUGUUCCACGUGGAUUGCAUCGACAUGUGGCUUCAAGGAAAAACGACGUGUCCGAUAUGCCGCCGAGAAAUAGAGGCCUUGGAUACUGCUGCUGCCAUGGAGAGGUUUUCGGCAAGGCAUGAGUUCUGCCUCGGGUGCUGA